AUGAAACAAACACUAUUUAGAAGUUUAGAAAAUAUUUUACUGAAUAGUUAUCCAAAUGAAGAUGAAAUAAAUACUUAUGACUUAACAGUAUAUGAAAGUUUACCUAAUGAAAGUGACACUAGUAGAGAGCUAGAAUACAAUUAUGAGAACAAUUAUGAGGAUAAUUAUGAGGAUGAUAAUUAUGAGGACGAUAAUUAUGAGGAUAAUAAUUAUGAAGAUGAUAAUUAUAAAGAUGAUAAUUCUGAGAAUGACAAUUCUGUAAACAAUAAUUCUGUGGACAACUCAAAAAAUACAAAUAGUCAUCAGUCAGUAUACCUACCUUCACUUCAUUCUGGUAAAUAUAUUUUACACAAGACUGUUUCACCUAAAAAGCAAAGAAACAAAGGUUCAAAGAGAAUUAAUUGCCCUUUUCUUAUUAAUAUAUCCAAGAGUAAGAGUCCCAAUUGUAACAUGAUAAUUAAAUUAACAUUGAUAUGUCUUGAACAUAAUUACACUUUGAUCCCUGACAAUGCAAUUUUUACUACUAGAUAUCGGAAGCUCACUUUAGAAAUAAAAGAUCUUAUCAAAAGCUUUACGCUUUGUAAUCUUGAUAUUUCCUCUCAGGUUCAGUUGUUACAUGAGUUGUUCUCUGAAGCAAUAAUUAUAGAUUAUGAUGUAAAGAAUUAUGUAUAUAAGGUUCACCGGAGUUAUGAAAUACAAGGUAAUGAUGCAGCAAAGCUUCUUCAAUACUUAGAAAAAGAACGCACUAAGGAUCCUAAUUGGUACAUCUAA